AUGAGGGAAUUAAUUCUCCUGGGGUUCCCAAGCCUCUGUGAGUAUUGUACUGGUGUUUUCAUCUUCUUCUUUGCCACCUACCUGCUGACACUGACGGGAAACAUGGUUAUCAUUGCUGUGUCAUGGUCUGACUCUCGCCUCCACACACCCAUGUACUUUUUCCUCUGUAAUUUCUCCAUGGUGGAGAUCCUGGUCACCUCCACUGUGGUCCCCAGGAUGCUGGUUGAUCUGGUCUCCGCCCACAAUACCAUCUCUCUUGCUGGCUGCCUCACCCAGUCCUACUUGUACUUCUCUCUGGGGUCUACAGAGUUCCUCAUUCUUACUGCUGUGGCACUCGACCGUUAUGUGGCAAUCUGCCUGCCUCUACGCUAUGCCACCAUCAUGAGCAACCGUGUUUGCAGCUGGCUUAUUGUGGGCUCUUGGAUGACUGGGUUCCUUUCCAUCAUUUCCCCAACUGUUCAGAAAACUCAUUUGAAUUUCUAGGCAAAAGUCAUCAAUCAUUUCUUCUGUGACAGUGCACCACUGCUGAAGUUGUUGUGCUCAGAAACACGGCACAUUGAGGUCACUGACUUCUUCCUCUCUUUGUUUUUUGUUGUAACCACUUUGCUUCUGAUCAUUUUGUCCUAUUUCUUCAUAAUCAUUGCUGUCUUGAAGAUUUCCUCCUCUGACAGGCGUCAGAAGGCUUUCUCCACAUGUGCCUCCCAUAUUAGUCUUGUAGCGAUUGGAUAUGGUAGCACCAUCUUCAUCUAUGUGAGGCCUGAUAAGAGCCAGGCCUCAGGUGUCAACAAAGUUGUGGCCCUGAUUACAUUUGUUGUGACACCCUUCCUGAACCCCUUCAUUUGGACUCUCAGGAAUGAGAAAUUCAAAGAGGCCUUCAGAGACUUUUUAAAAAGGAGUAAGUCCUUUCUGCAGAACUCUGAAGCCCUCUGA